AUGGGAAGGCCACAGGUGGAGGAGUUCUUCGAGAUCAUCAAGGUUGAGGGCCUUGAGGCGGAAGUGGAUUUAAAGGCACUUAUAUCUUUUGGUGAUAUCAAAUUGGUCGUCUACUGGGCAGCUUUGCAAUGUUUUCUGAGUAUGGGCCAAUGUCUUUUCGACUCCUUGUCUCAGUUGCCAAAACAUAUUCAGUCUCCGGUAUCACUAGAUAAUUCCAUUUACGCAGGAGUUAGACACGUUCAUGUAAAAGCUAUGCAUAGAUCUGGUGGUAAGUGCCUCUUUUGGAAUGAGAGUGUUAGAAUCUUAACCACCCUCCAAACAGCUUUUACCAUUGAAGCUAAGAUAGGAGGUAGAGAACUGCAGGAUGAGUGGUGGUUCAUAGGAGUGUAUGCUAGUUGUGAUGAUCAUAUUAGAAAACAACAGUGGAAAGUCUUGAAGGAAAGGAAAAGAUUGUGGGGGGAGAAAUUUGUGAUUGCUGGAGAUUUUAAUGAUAUUAUUUCUAAUGAAGAGAAAUGGGGGGGUAUUCAGAGGGAGGAGAAGAGUUUCAUGACUUUUAAGGACUUUAUUGCAGAAAAUGGCUUAGUGGACUUAGGCUAUGAGGGUCACCCCUGGACUUGGAGCAAUCAUUGGGAUAAUACAGGGGAAGUCAGGCAAAGAUUAGAUAGAUGUCUUAGUAGCUGUGAGUGGAGCCAGAAGUUUGAGGGGACGGGUUGUAAGCACAUAGAGUCUUAUGCUUCUGAUCAUAGUUUGCUUCUAUUGGACUCUGAGCCUGAUAAUAAGAGAAAGAAAAAAAGAUUUUACUUUGACAAGAGAUGGUUUCAAAAGGAUGGUAUUCAACAAGUUAUUGAGAAGGCCUGGAGUAAGGAGGAACAAGGUACUAAAAUGUUUAGAGUGACUAGGAAAGUGAGAAACUGUAGAGUGGAAAUCUUAAAGUGGAAAAACACCUUCCAAGCAAACUCCAAGGUUAGCAUUAAGGACAUUAAGAGCAAACUAGAAAGCAAUGAGAGAUCCAACUUGGAGAACAAAGGGGUGAUAAGGACUGAUCUUAAGGAACAACUGAAGAAGGCUUUUAGGGAGGAGGAAUCUUUUUGGAGCCAAAAAGCUAGAGUGCAAUGGUUAAGAGAGGGUGCUAAGAACUCUAGAUUCUUCCACGCUUCUGUGAGAGGUAGGAGGAACAGGAAUAGAAUCUCUAGUAUCCAAAGAGAUGAUGGUUCUUGGACAAAGAAUGAGGAGGAUCUUGUGAAUGAAAUGACCAUGUUCUAUAAAAAUCUGUUUGCCAGGGGUAAUGUAGGAGACAGUUCUGAGGUAUUAAGGGGCAUUGCUCAUACUAUUACUGAGGAGAUGAAUUUCAAUCUAACCAAACCAGUUCAUGAGGAGGAGAUAAGAUCAGCCAUUUUUUCAAUGAACCCGGAUAAAGCUCCAGGAGUAGAUGGAAUGACCCCCCCUGUUCUUUCAAAGAUUCUGGAAUGUGAUCCAAAAGGAUGCAAUCCAGGCAGUUUAAGAUUUCUUUGUGUCUGGCCUAUAAGCCUGUGUAGUAUGCUGUACAAGAUCAUUUCAAAAAUCUUGGCUAACAGAUUGAAACCAGUUCUUGAUAAAUGUAUCAGUAAAAAUCAGUCGGCUUUCAUCCCUGAUAGGCAAAUACUUGAUAAUGUGAUUAUAGCUCAGGAAUACAUGCAAUAUCUGAAAAAUAAAAGGCUUGGGGAAGAAGGGUAUAUGGCUAUCAAGUUAGACAUGGCUAAAGCUUACGAUAGGGUGGAAUGGCACUUCCUGAAAGCCAUGAUGCUCAAAAUGGGUUUUUGUGCAAAAUGGGUACACUGGAUAUCAAGAUGUAUGGAGACUGUUUCAUAUUCUUUCAACUGCAAUGGGGAGGUAAAAGGAUUUGUGAAGCCAGGUAGAGGGAUAAGACAAGGUGAUCCACUGUCACCUUAUCUCUUUUUGAUAUGUUCUGAAGGUUUCUCAAACUUACUCCAAAGAUCAACUGAGGAUAGGAGUUUAAAAGGUGUGAAAAUUAGUAGGCAGGGACCAAGUAUCACUCAUCUUUUCUUUGCUGAUGACUCACUCAUUUUUUGUGGAGCUGAUAAACAGUAA